AUGAGCUCCGCCGCUGCCGCCUCGCCGCCGCACGUGGCUUUCAUAGCCUUCCCCUUCGCUUCCCACCCCCUCACGCUCUUCCCCAUCGCCCGAGCCGUAGCCGCAGCCGCCCCCUCCGCCGUCGUCUCUUUCCUGGCCACCCAACGCGCCCUCUCCUCCCUUCCAUCCGGUGGCGGCGACACCCCCAACCUCCGCUACGUCGCCGUCGCCGACGGCAUUCCCACGGACGCCGCCUCCCCGCCGCCCAAGGACAUCCUGCACCUCAUCAAGUUAUUCCUCUCCUCGACGCCCGGUAAUCUGAAGCAGGGCAUCGCCGCGGCGGCCGAGGCUGCCGGCGGGGUUCCGGUGAGCUGCAUUUCCAGCGACGCCUUCAUGUGGAUGUCCUCCGACGUGGCGGAGGAGCUGGCGGUGCCGUGGAUCCCACUGCGUACCGGAAGCACUCCUGCCUUUUCCGCCCAUCUCCACACCGACCUGCUCCGUCAGAAGUUCGGCGUCGAAGGCGCCGGCGGCUGCGAGGAGGAGCUCCUCGCGUUCAUCCCCGGCCUUGAAGUGCAACGCGUUCGCGACCUCCCAGAAGGAAUCGUCGCCGGCGACAUCGACUCCCCCUUCUCCGUCCUCUCCUACCGCAUGGCCCAAAAGAUUCCCGAAGCAGCCGCCGUCGGUCUCAAUACCUUCGAAGGCCUCAAUCCGGCGAUCGAGGCCAGUUUAGCUUCCACGUUCCCCAGGUACCUCCCGAUCGGCCCAUUCCACUUCCUAUUCCCGCCGUCCACGGUGGCGGCGGACCCCAAUGGCUGUCUCCCCUGGCUCGACCGCCAAGCCCCUGCUUCCGUCGUCUACGUGAGCUUCGGCUCCAUCUUUACCCCGCCACCGGAGGAGCUCGGCGAGCUAGCGGAGGGCCUCGCCGCCAGCGGCGCGCCAUUCAUAUGGUCUCUCAAAGAGGCGGCGCAGCAAUUCCUACCGGCAGGGUUCCUGGCGCGGACGGCAGGGCAGGGGAUGGUGGUGGGGUGGGCGCCGCAGCGGGAGGUGCUGAGCCACGCGGCGGUGGGCGGAUUCCUGACGCACUCUGGGUGGAACUCUGCGAUCGAGGGGAUCUCUGCCGGCGUGCCGAUGCUGUGCCGGCCGAUCUUCGCCGACCAGUUCAUGAACCAGCGUUCGAUGGCGCUAGAGUGGGGGAACGGCACGGGGUUCGAGGGGGUGGCGAUGAGCAAAGAGGGAGUGGUGCGGGCGCUGGACUCGCUGCUGAAGGGGGAGGAAGGCGAGAAGCUGAGGGCGCGGGCGAAGGAACUGAAGGAGGCAGCCAUAGCGGCGGUGGCUCCCGGCGGAAGCUCCAGGGAGAACUUCGAUACCUUGCUCAGGUUGAUGCUCACAACUCAAAAAUUAAAUAAUUAA